UUUAAGUUUUCCUAUUAGAUUCCCCACUGAAAAGUCAGAAGAAUGAGCAGCAAGGUAUUUGCAACCUGGGUGCUUCUGGCUACAAGUACAAUUAUCACACUCUCCAAUCAGAGUUGUAUAAGCAAGUGGUUUGACCGUGAUAACCCAGGUGGAACUGGAGAUUAUGAGCUGUUGGCUGACCUUCUCAGUAUGUAUCCUGGAGAAAUAUGCCCGGAUCCAAUCGGCAUAGAGGCCCAGACUAUCUCAGGCCAACCAGCAUCUCAAACAGGAAAUGUCUUUCAAGUAUACAAUCCAACAACUGGGUUUUCUUGUGUAAACGCAAACCAAGGAGGAGGGUUUUGUGCCGAUUACAAGGUGCGCUUCACCUGCCCAGAGGAAUGGUGUUCAAAAUGUAGGACACCCUGGUUUGACCGAGAUAAUCCCGGAGGAGUGGGAGACUAUGAGACGCUGUCGUUAACCCUGAUAGCAUACCCACUACAGGCCUGCGCUCAGCCCAUCGCCAUUGAGGUCACAACCGUUAGUGGGACCCCAGUACUGCCGACUGGAAAUAGUUUUCAAGUAUAUGAUCCAACACAGGGCUUUGCUUGUGUGAAUGCACAACAGAAUGGAGGGUGUCAAGACUACAGGGUCCGUUUCACAUGUCCAACGAGUUUUUGUGUUCCAAAGUGUGUAACCAGGUGGUUUGAUUCUGACAAUCCUAAUACAAAUGGAGGGGAUUCUGAACUCUUGACUACCCUUCUCAGUUUGUAUCCUGGGUACAUUUGUCCGAAUCCACUCGGAAUAGAGGCUCAAACCAUCUCUGGCCUGCCAGCAUCUCAAACAGGAAAUGUUUUUCAAGUAUUUAAUCCGAUAACUGGCUUUUCUUGUGUAAACGCAAACCAAGGAGGAGUGCUUUGUGCCGAUUAUAAGGUGCGCUUCACCUGCCCAGAGGAAUGGUGUUCAAAAUGUAGGACACCCUGGUUUGACCGAGAUAAUCCCGGAGGAGUGGGAGACUUUGAGACGCUGUCGUUAACCCUGAUAGCAUACCCACUACAGGCCUGCGCUCAGCCCAUCGCCAUUGAGGUCACAACCGUUAGUGGGACCCCAGUACUGCCUGGAAGCAACUUUCAAGUAUAUGAUCCACUACAGGGCUUUGAGUGUGUGAAUAUGCCACAGAGUGGAUGGAACUGUCAGGACUACAAGGUCCGCUACACGUGUCUGCGAAGUUUCUGCAAUAUCUCUGUUCUCCCAAGCCUCCCAUUGGAUGUCACGAACAUGACUAACUUAGAAGUUUAG